GCUGGAGCAUCGGAACCUCUCCGUUCCAGGCUAUUCCGGUCCAAGCAGUGCGGCAGGGGCACCAACCAGUUAGUGUGAGGAGUUGUCUGCGAAGUGGCAGAAAGCGAACCAAGAGAGUAGGCCAUUCCUUCCUCCGUGAGCAGCGACGCAGGACUCAGGUCGGGGAGUUUUGGAGGGGGGGGAAGAGGGCCCGCAGCCAUUUCGGCAUGAGUUCUCGCGAGCAGUCCGACUUUCUUUCGCAGGGGCGCGUGCAAGCGCGAUGCCUGGCACGGGCUGCCGGAACAGACGGGGUACGCCGAAACCCGGGGCUCGACAUACCGUGGCAGCCCCGUUUUUCGGAGCUGCGAUACGAAACAAUCCGCCACCGAUGGAGCUCUCCCCGCUGCUGCUGGGCCUGAAAUCGGCGCCGGCGGUCAGUCCCAGUCGACACAGGCUUUCUGCGCCCGAGCUCGGCGCCCCCAGCCAGCGGGCCUUCGAGAACGGCGCCAGCAGCGACGAAGUCUUCAUGUUGUCCGCAGAUGCGGAGGCCGCGCGGCUCAGCGACGACAGCUUCCUGGCGUACGCAGAUGCAGAGGCUAUCCGGCUGAAGACCCCGCAGCUGACACCGCGCGGGGCGCCCGAGAUCGCGCAGCCGCGGGGUACUUCGAUGCUGAGAGAGGGCCUCGAUGGACAGACGUGCCAAGCAGAGGUCCCGCAGCCCGCCCACGUUGCCGACGAGUCGCUGCUUCUCCCAGGGCUGAAAAAGUACCGCCCGCUGGGCCCGCCGACGCUCGGCAGGGUCACCCGCUGCCACAGCGCCAGGACGGGCAACGGCAGCCAGAUGACAGGCGUGUACAGCAUGGGGACGCCGACGACGGCCUGUCCCUCCGAUCAGCCCUUCUGAUAUCCUGCUCCUCGUCCAUCCUCCACCUCCGUUCUCCUCCUUGAUGGCCCACCCUUUCUACACUGCUUGGCAGAGGCAAUUCGCAUCCAUAUUUGAUUGUGAGUCUGUGUGUAUGUCGCGCGGUGGGCGAGUAGGAGGAAGGCUUUUUGAUGGAAGUGAGGUGAGGCGAAGGGCGCCAACGUAAGCUUGAACACGUCUGACAAUCUUUCGCCUAGCGGAUUAUUUUAUGGCGCGCUCUUCGCAAAACAUUGCGCCUACGAUGCUGGCCCUGAGGGGGGCCGAGUGCCGCUUGCCGCCAUGGUGCCGGCCAUAUCCGGCCAUGGCCUGCGCCGCCGAGCGCAAUGGGCGGUGCGACCACUUUCGCAGCCGCCUGGUUUGGCUGCGAGAUUUCCAAGGACUUCCAUACAUUGGUGUUUUAAAUCUCUCUCUCUCUCUCUCUUUGUUUCUUUUGGGUUUCUCUCUCUCUCUCUCUCUCUCUCUCUCUCUCUCUCUCUCUUUCCCCCUUACAUUCUUCACUUGUUUAUAUAAUUUGGGGCCCUGCGUGGCAAGCUAGGUGCGCGUGCGUCUUAUCUGAUGUCCGACCCCGCCCUCCCAUCCCUUACCAUGGCGUAGACCUGGAUCCACUUAAUUCGCACAGUCAGGGCAUGAGAAAAACAUUGAUCAUGCUCAUGCUGCUGUAUAGUUAUCCUGUCCGUCUCUUCUCACAUAUUCUGGCUUCCCGCCUGCCGCACUACAAGAAGCUAGUGGCCUCAAGUGGCCACUAAGUGCCGCUACGUGGCCGCUAGUAGCCGCUAGUGGCCGCUAAAUGGCCGUCAGUGACCACUAGAUGGCUGCUAAAUGGCCUUUAGUGGCCGCUAAGUGGCCGCUCGUGGCCGCUAGUGACCGCUAAAUGGCAGCUGAGUGGCCGCCAGUGGCCGCUAGUCGCACGCGCUAGGCAGGGGAAGCCGGGAGGGCUUCGGUGAAACCGCCCACCUGGUCUGCGCAGAAGGCCCCCCCCUCGGGCCACCUCUGUGUGCCUUUGUGCGCGCCUCCAGUGGCCAACGGGGUCGUAAACUCGCAGAGUCGAUGUCAGUGCCGAUGGACCGACUAAGGGUCUUGCCCGGUCGCCUAUGGCAAGUCGACAGUAUGCACGUGCGGUGGCGUUGGGCAGCAUGUAUGUUGCCUGGAGCUCGGGAUGUCCUGGCCAGCCUGACUAGUUGAUCCUUGGGACGUCGGUAUCCCAAUUGGGCUUCACGACUACUGAGGUGCAGUUCUGCUCUGCUUUGAGACAUGGGCAGCCAUCGGUAGGAGCUCCUUCUUGUCCCCGGACAUCUACCGACGUACCGACAAUUUGCCACGCCUUAAAAUCAACACGAAAGGCGCGCUCGCCCCAUACCAAAGUACCAUAUUUUGUUUUUUUGUUCUGGUAGGCUGUGCCGCUUGUGAGCCUGACCGUCAUUGCGUUCCCAAGCCCUUGCCUUUUUUCUGCAAGCGGUGCAGACGAUUUGGCCACCAUUGCCUCGUGAUGGUCAACAGGAUAGUGUCUGGUAUAUGCUGCGCUGCUUGCAGGGACUGGAUUGCUCGCGUGCCGAGUGGCCUGACGAAUGUCUAUUGCUCAGCCUUCUCGCAGGAAGGCCACGGGGUCUGGGUUUAGGCACAGUGUGAAUGCUUGGUCAGAGCUGGCCGUGUUCAUUGUGCCAGCGAAUGCAAUACCCUCUGUGGUUGUAUUUCUGGCGGUUGGCCAGGAAUGCAGCGGGUGUAAGGCGCCUCCGUGGACAAGGUCCCGAGUUCCUUCGCUCUCGUGCUGCAUUGCUCGAAAAAGAGUACUCGC